AUGGUUUCGAUCGUUCCCGAGGUGGCCGGGCACAUCUCCCCUACGACCGACAUCCCCGAGGUGGUAGGGACUCUGGUCGUUGCUGCUCCAGCCGCCGAGGCGAAAUCCAAAACUAGGGGAAAAAGACCUCGAGGUGAUGGCUCGGGAGUUCCUAGGAAGGAGAAAAGGAGUCGUAGUGAAACUCCACUGUACAAGGACAAGAUCGCUUCGGCGAACUUUGUCGCUUCUUGCUCGGGUCCGCCCUUGUCUACUCCCGAUGCCUUGUUGGAGGCUCAAAACUAUCGUGAAACCGCUGCCGGAUUCCUGAAGGCCUUCCAUUCGAUGAAUUCCAUGGUUCGGGCCUAUGAUUCUGGAGCUCGGAAGUCCGAGCUGGCCUGUGAGAGAUCGGAGACGUCCCGAGCUAAGGUCGAAGCUAGGUUGUCCGAGAGAAAGCUUGAGGCCGAGGUCGAACGACUCCAUCGGUUAUUUAAUGAGGAGAAGGCUCUCCGGGAGAAGGAGAUUGUCAGAGAAAGGAGGGCAGCCAAAAGGGAGUUUGCCGAGAAGGUUAGGGCUAUCGAGGCGAAGAUGGACCAGUUCGGGGAGGUAUCCACGCGCUACAUGUACUUGGUGCAAGCGCGGGCCAAUGCCGAGCUGAUAGCCGAGCUGGAGGAAGGGAAAAGGGUAGAAGAUGAGAAGGCCGAGGUUCUUCAAUGGACGGCUGAGUAUGGGGACGCCGAGGAUGAGUACGUCCGUCUCGGGACCGAGCUGCGAGAGGACUUGAAGCUUCCUCUGGUUUCCCCGGACUCUGUCGACGAUAGCUUCGGGAACCAUUCGAUCAAAGGUGCCGCGGCUGCGAUAGGCGUUGCCGACCAGUCUGGUUCGAACCGAGGUAGCUCAAGUUUCGCCGGUUAA